CCCGCUACGAGAGACCCCCCAGACCGCCCUAUGCGCAUGUGCGGGACGGGGAGUCCCGGUGACUUUCCCGCGCGUAGGUGCCGGAAGUGUGGCAGGGCUGCCGGCGGAAGCGGCGUGACGGGGGACCGGAAGUGUGUCAGGGCUGCCGGCGGAAGCGACGUGGCGGGGGACCGGAAGUGUGGCAGGGCUGAAGGAGGAGGCGGAAGCCGGCUCCACGUGGGCCGAGCGGGGAGAAUGUCGGCUUCCCUGCUGAGGAAGGGGCUGGAGCUGCUGGAGACGGCGGCGGGACACCAGCCCGGGCUCAGCAGCCCCCAGCAGCGGCCGCGCAAAGCCCUGAAGAGGAAGAAGGCGGCUCGGGGUCCUGGCAGGGACAAGGCCACGGUCAAGGGCAAGGUCACCAAGUCGGCGAUAGAGGAGUAUCGGAAGCACCAGGCUGUGGAUCACUUGAAGAAGAACUUGCAGUACAUGAAGAAGAGCCAAUUCACUGCAGACAAAACCGUCACGCAGCAGGUUCUUGACCAGAAUAGGGGCAGGAAAUCUAGAGACCGUCCCCCAGAAAAGCCAAAGAAGAAAUCUGAAGGCACUGUCUUCACGGAGGAAGACUUCCGGAAGUUUGAGAGAGAAUACUUUGGGCGAGCUGGAGCAGUGUGAUGAGAAGUCUUGCAACUCCAAGCUUUCCAAAACUGAGUGUUCAGAGCAUGGGACUGACCCUGUCCUCCUGUUUGGGAUGGGAGACCAGGGGAGUGCGAUUAUGCCUCUUGCCAGCAUAUGUUUAGAUGUCACGUCCACUGCAAGACUUAAUGUCUGUACAGAAUUUGUUAGUUGCUAGGAUGGGAUGGGAUGCUGUAGACUCAAAAGCAUCCAGGGAGAUCAUGUUGUUAGGGUGCAUCAUAUUUCCUCUACUGCCCACUUCCAGCCAGCACCUCACUCAUGUUCUCUUGGAGUAGAGCAGACUCUUCGUUCAAGCCAGAUGCAAACUCUGCUCCUCUGAGGCAGGAUCCUUUUAUCCAUCUGAUCUGGAAAAGACAGCUUAAAAUGGCAGGUCUCAGUAGGGGAAGCACAGGAGAUGACUUAGAGCUGAAUUGUGGAGCAGCUGGAACAAAUUAUCAGCAAAAGGAAGGAUGCUCUAGAAAGGAGAUGUGAGUACUAUUCAAACCUCUGUUUAGGUUAUGAUCUCCAUCAGGCAAGGAUCUUCACUUUUUUUUCUCCUUGGGUAAUGCCGUGUAUGCUUAUGGUGCUUGAUCAGUAGUCACUAUGGCAAAGAGUGUACUUGCUUACCUCUGUGGUGGAAUGAUUAUUCCAGUAGGGUGGGAUUGGCAGAGGUGACACAGAUCAUUCAAGCAAUUCAGGCACAAUUCUUUUUAGGCUGACUUAGGGCUAUGUGAAAGGUCUCUGUUCCCUAUGUUACUGUAUGGGUAUUUUCUACUUUCCUUCUUCAGACUGCUGAGUGGAAGUGAAAUAACCCUUCUGUACUGAACUCCUCCCAGCCUUCCCUCCCACAGAUCUCCUUAUACAGCUGGUAGUUUACACUCAAGCCCAUUAAAUCAGGGUACUAAACACAUGGGGGUGGUGUUGCUGCAUAGUACAGCUGGCCCUAGUAUUAACCCACACCUGCUCCUCUGUCCCAAACCUGCUAGGUGUGGCUAUCUGUCACUUCCCCUGAGAAUAUCCAUCCCUCCCUGCCUUGCAAACACCACCGGCUGGUGAAGAUGAAGGCAGCAUACUGUUGAGACCUUUUGGCUAGUGAUUGUGAUGCUGGAUCAAGGGGAGGCAAUUCUCUCUUACCCAAAAAACAACGCUAAAUGCUUUGGAUGUUGCAACAUAUAGUUUGGCCAGCAGGUGGGGAAGUUGAUUUUGCAGAGACAUUCAUCCAUUUUGCUACGCCUAUACAGGUACAAUGUAUUUCUGGAAGGUUGGUGACUACGUUAUUGCCAUCUGUUAUCCAUCCAAAAAGCAGGACCCUUGUUCUCCACUUGAAAACAAAGGGGUAAAAAGAAUGAGUGCCCAAA